CUAAUAAUUGAUCGCAUGUGUCUGAAUCUUGUAACAUAUCCAUAAUGUUGUUAAUAAUUUCUCUUCCGAGUAACAGUGAGUGCGUGUAACAAACAGUGGGAGUCGACUCAGUCGCGCAUUCAAACUCAAUCGAGUCGAAAGUGUACAUUGCUGGGAACCUUAUGUUUUCAAGUGUAUUUAAACGCCUUAUAUAUUUUCUUUUAUUCAUUUCAUAAUUUUUAAUGUGUUAAACUUUAUUUGGAAGAUGCAAUAUCUAGUCCAACUCGUGGUGGCAUUCCUCUUGACGACGCAGGCGAGUAGUGACAACAGCACGCUUUCAGAAGACACGUGCAUCACGGAACACGGACUAUGGGGCAGCCUGCUCGAAGAGUGGGCCGUCUCUGCAACUCCACAACAUACAAGACAAGGCCGCAUAAUGGCGUUGCCCCCUGCCCACGGUUACUACGUAUCUGACCGGAUAGAUCUCAUGCCACCACCACCACCGCCUCCCCGCUUGUACCCCACUACUCAGCAUCUGCCUCACCCCUCGCACUACAAUGAGUGGCAGGCCAGUCCGCCACCGCCACCAGGACCUGGGAAGAUUGUUAAUCGACCACCAAAUCCAUAUAAGGAUAAAUUUAAACCUAGUUAUCCGCCUCCAUCACAGAAUCAGCCAAUCCCAGUUCACACUCCGCAGCAGCCAUACGCUCCUGGAGGAUUAGUCGACCGGGUGGACGAGACCAAACCGAGCAAACCACAGAAGCAAGUUUCGGAAACCGAUCUAUAUUUGCUAACCGCUAUAGAGAAAUUGGUUUAUCGAGUGGACUUAAUGGAGAAACGGUUGCGAAAAAUGGAAGAAAACGUCCAUUUCGUUUUGGCUGGAACUGAUGUGAAGCCGGAGCCCUGCGCCAGUAACUUUACUCGCGUCGGAAGCGGCUGCUAUUACUUCUCGACGGACGCGAUCAACUGGAAGAAUGCCAACUACGCGUGUCGGAAACUGAAAGGCAACUUGUUGGAGCUCGACGCGGACGACGAGAAGCGGCACUUGUUCGCCAACUUGCUCUCCGACAACAGACUGAAGGGUGCAGAUUAUUGGACGGGAGGUCUGAAUCCAGGUCUUCUAUGGAUCUGGUCCCACUCCGCCAAGCCGGUGUCAUCCAACAAUACAAACACAAGCAGCUCGCACAGCAUCGCGGGCGAGGGUCGGUGCUUGGCGCUGGUGCAUGACCCGGCUCUCCACUCCUACCUGUACCGCGGACAGGACUGCGCUCUGAGACACAGAUAUGUUUGCGAAAAGGAAGAAGAUAAUGACAAGUUGGGGAAUGAAAUAGAAAGGGUCGCCAAGAAAUUGAGAGAAGUUAAGAGGAAAUCUAGAAUUUUGAUUAGUGGAGAAGACCCGUGAUGCAACUGAUGCUACUUGCAUCGCGUCCCAGCCGUGCACUUGUUCACUUACAUAAUUAAUAGUGACUAUUUGUGCAGCCGAGCAGAACUUCACGCUCGCACGCACAAACCAACACACACUGCACAUUUAUUUAAGCUUGUAUAAGUUAGUUCAUUAAAUGUUAGUUCCAGCUUAUCUCGCAAGCGAAACUUCAAGCAAAUGCGUACAUUAGUCAUUGUCAACACAUGUAGAUAGAUAUACCUAUUGCUUCUAGUUACAUUGUAAGUGAUCGUAGUAUAUGGUAGAAGUGGGUGGGUGGAAGUCGUCUCCGUGACUGAAGGAGGAUCGCUCAAAGCAAACGGAGUCGAUGCAUAGAGCAAUAUUUUUUCUAAAAUUAGGAUUAAAUUAAAACACCAAAUCGUUUAUGCUAACUUAUUUAUAUCUUUGAAUAUUUACAAAAUUACAGGGUAUAUAUAAGUCACAACAAAAAUAAAUUAUUACUAAAUACAAAACACAGAAAAUGAGUAACUAAACUGCAGAAGUAUCGUAUAAAGUAAGUAAUCGAAACACAAGUGGCGGACCUGUCCGGCUCCACCGAGCGCCCCGCACUGUUAGCGACUACGCGGACCGCGACGGCGGACGGCGCGGCGUGGCUCGGCGGGGCGGGGCGGGGCGGGGCGGGGCGGGGCGGGACGGGCAGAUAGAGGACUGAUUUUUUUUUUAAUUGCAAUAGUAGGCAAAAGCCUUAAAAACAUAAGUUUUUAUACAUUAAUAGUUAUAAAUAGACUUAUUGUUAUAUAUCAGUCGCAGAUUAUUUGUACUUUAACAAUAAAUAGUUUUUUUUUUAUUAUA